AUGCCAGUAUCCUGUGUUGCCUUCGGAUGUUCAAACAGAUUUGAACCAGGGAAAUCAAUACAUUUUUUUCGAUUUCCUAUUAAAAAUGAAGAAUUAACUCAGCUGUGGGUAAAUGCUAUUAGAAGGAAAAAUUUCAAUCCAACUCAGUGGAGUCGUAUUUGUAGUGUGCAUUUCACUGAGAAUGAUUUUAUGAUUAGGUCAGAUGCAGACCGACCAUUAUUGAAAAUCAAUGCUGUACCUUCCGUGUUUCCUUCAUUUCCAACAUAUUAUCAAAAUAAAAGUAAAAAACCAAGAAAGCCACCUACUCUUAGAACUAUAACUAAUGAAGUCCCUAUUCCAGCAGAUGAGUCUAAUGUCGAUAACACAUGUCUUGAAGUUGAAGUUGAUAAUACACCUACAUUUACUGACGUAGAAGUACAAACAUCAAAUACUUAUACUACAGAAGUUAAGUUAAGGCAAAAAAUUAAAUCACUG